AAUAUUAUACAUGGUGCAAAGGCGCAGUUUCAAUUUGAUAUUGAAUAGUAUUAGUUUAUUGCGAAAGCAAACAAUAUUAUUCAAUUUUCAUACGAUGGGUUCAUCAAACUGUAAAUCAUUUUCACCGCAAAAAGCAGCGGAAAAUUGUGGUGUUGUAAAUCCUUCAAAGAUGACCUCACAUUCAGAAGUUGAUUACAUCGAAGGUGUGGUAUGUAAAGAAAGUGAUAUUCAAGAAAAUGAAAUGAAAACAUUUGAUUUAGGAGAAGGUAAAAUUCUUUUAAUCAAACAAAAUGGUGUUUUAAGUGCAAUAGGAAAUAAGUGUACACAUUAUGGGGCUCCCUUAAUUAAUGGAGCACUUGGUGAUGGUCGUGUACGUUGUCCAUGGCACGGAGCUUGUUUUAAUACAAAAACUGGAGAUAUUGAAGAUUUUCCUGGUUUAGAUUCUGUACCUUGUUACGAAGUAACCUUAGAAAAUGGUGAUGUUCAUGUUCGUGGAAAGUUAUCUGAUUUGAAAACAUCAAAACGGACAAAACCAUUUGCAAGUAAAUGUGCGUCUGUGGAUAAUACGUAUGUUGUAAUCGGUGGAGGACCAUCAGCUGCGAUUUGUGCGGAAACUAUACGACAAUCAGGAUUUACAGGAACUAUCAAGAUGAUUUGUAGGGAAAAGUAUCUUCCGUAUGAUCGAAUUAAAUUAUCAAAACAGUUGGAUGCUGAUGUUGAAAAAUUACAAUUCCGUACCCCAGCAUUUUAUAAAGAUGGAAAUAUUGAUGUUUUAACUAAUGUUGAAGCCACUGCGUUAAAUAGCAAAGAUAAAGUUGUAAGUUUAAGUAAUGGUGACAAAAUUAAUUACACAAAAUGUUUUAUUGCUACUGGUUCGGACGCGCGAAAACCAACUAUUGAAGGAAGCAACUUAAAAAAUAUUUACACUCUUCGUGAAUACGAUGAUACAUCUAAAAUACGCACUUUAAUAAAACCUGAAAAUGAAGUUGUUAUUCUUGGUUCUAGUUUCAUAGGACUCGAAGCAGCAGCAUAUUGUGUUGGUAAAGUAGCUAAAGUUACAGUAAUUGGCCAGACUUCUGUACCAUUAGAAAAGGUUUUCGGUCAACCAAUUGGGGCUAGGUUAAAAGAAUUAUUUGAAGAAAAAGGAGUCAAUUUUGUAAUGAAAAGCGGCAUUAAAAAAUUCAUUGGUUCAGAUGGUGCAUUAACUUCCGUCGAACUUAAUGAUGGCUCUGUACUGAAAGCUGAUGUAUGUAUCGCUGGUAUUGGCUCGACAUUCAAUACAAAUUUUCUCAAAGACAGUGGUAUUGAAAUUAGAAGUGAUGGAUCAAUUCCAGUUAACAGUUUUAUGGAGACUAACGUACCUGGAGUAUACGCUGGUGGGGAUAUUGCUUAUGCUCCCAUAUAUUCGAAUAACAAUGAACCUGCAGCAAUUGGACACAUUGGUUUGGCAUCAUACCAUGGUAAAAUUGCAGCGUUGAAUAUGGUGGGAAAAACAACUGAAAGUAAAUCGGUACCAUUCUUUUGGACGAUGAUAUUUGGUAAAUCGGUACGAUACUCUGGAUAUGGUCAACAUGAUGAUUUAAAAGUUGAAGGUGAUCUUAAAGAAUUGAAAUUUGUUUGUUUCUAUUUCAAAGGCGAUAAGGUUAUUGGAAUAGCAAGUUGUAAUAGGGAUCCAAUUGUUGCUAAGUUUGCGGAAUUAUCUUCUCAAGGAAAGCAUCUUAAUAAAAAUGAUAUACUCAAAGAUCCUUUUGGCUGGUCCAAUUAGAUUUGAUAUUUUUCCCGGAUAAUUUUCGAUAUAAUAAUCUAUUAAUAAGUUGAUUAAUUAGUUACUUAAAUGUUGAAUUUAAAGAUAUUUAUUAAGAAUGUUAUCUCGAAUUGUAAUAACUAUUGAAUUCAGGUCUAGCGCAAAGAACCAACCCUGAUUGAAAUAGCUUAUCUGAUUUUUUAAACUUUAUUUUUGAGUAAUUAAAUUAAACUAGAAAACACACUAUGUAGAAUUUUAAAAUUAUAUUAAAGAAGGUUCGUAUAUAGCAUUACGAAUUUUUAUCGAAACCGUAUAAUGAAAAAGUUUGUUGUAGGACCAACAUUUCUUCUGGUAAAAAUUCGUCUCAUUUUAUGAAGACACCUUUAUAAAAAAAAGAUUACUAAUUUUUAUAAAAAGAAUAUGUGAGAUACCAGAUAAUCUUUGUUUAAAAAUAAUUUGUUAACUAUAUAUAAAUUUGAAUAUCAAACUAAGAGUAUUAUGCUUUAUCAAGAUAGUCCAGGAAUAUAAAGGUUGUUUUGCUUAAAAAAAUCCAAGUGAAGUUUUUUCACAGGAUUUCAUAUUCGCAAUAAAAAAAAAAAAAUAAUAAUCUAGGGCAAAGGUCGCGAAAUAGGUUUUUUCAAAUAUCUCGUGAACUAUUUAGUUUAUGACAGUUUUAGCUGUUAUAUAAUUUGUGAGUUAAUUUUACAUAGAAAAAGUUCUAUACAAAAUUUCCGUAGAAGCAAUAGCUUUCGAAAUAUUUAACUGAGAAAAGUUAAUAAUAAUAAAGAGUAUUUUAUAAAAUAAAUGAACGAAGUAUAUUUAUUAAUAAAAAGCUUUUACGCUCAGGAAAGUUGUUUGAUUCAUACAUUCAUUUUUUUUCUGUGAUGUUCAUAAAUAAAUAAUUAUUAUUUAUAUUGCAAUGUCAAAUAAUUUGUGCUUCAUAUGUAAUGAAACUUUUUCAGCCAAAUAUUUUGAGUACUAUUACUUCUACGGAUAUUUGUAUAGAACAUUUACUAUGUAAAAUUAACUCACGAACAAAUUUUAUAAUACCUAAAUCGCCCUAAACUUAACGAGAUAUUUGAAGAGAACCUAUUUUCUCGGCCUUUGACCUUAAAUAAUUUUUUUAGCAUAUUGAUUUUGCAAUGGACUUUUCUUAAAGGAAAUUUCAUUUAAGCAAAUCGUUAUUUUUCUGAGUUAAAGAUCUAUCUAAAAAAACCAACUAAUUCGUAUUAAUUUUAUUGUGAGGCAAAUAUUAAGCCUUCAGAUUUAAGAAGAGAGGAUUUAUUUUGAAAUGAGACCGCAAUUCUUAUCGAACGUAACAUGUUAUUUUUAGAAGUAAAAUAUAAAAAGAUUGUGUCAUUUUAAAAUAAAAUCACUUUACUGAAAAUUGUAAGUGCGAUUUCGUGGUAUGAACUUGCACAUUAAAAAACACAAAUAAUUCAUGCUUGUAAAAUAAAAAUAAAUA